AUGGCAAGUCACAUCGCCAGCGACGAGAAGGCACAGCCAGAUACCGCCUUGGCCAAUGACACUCAGUCAAAUUCAGAGACUGAAGAUCUCGCUAUGUUGGCUCUGGAAAAACGCGUCCUCAAAAAGACUGAUAUGGUAGUCUUGCCAAUGAGCCUGAGCUAUGCAUCAGUGUAUGGUCUUAUCACUGACCUGAACUUGAGGGGCAACCAGUUCGCAUGGACCUCUUCCAUAUUUUACGUUGGACAGCUUGCUUCCGAGUUCCCGUUCAUCUACCUCAUGAGCCGCUUCAGACUGUCCAAGUUCGUUGGAAUUACAAUGUAA